GCAUACAUUAUCUAUAUAAACUGGAGCCUGUCCUAAUAAGUGUUGCAAUCGGUUAGUAUUUCAGAUGCAAAUCACUCCACUUUCGAAUCACAGGCACGCUAUUGUGUGUGUUCCAGUUCCUAACUCCUGAUUCCACGAGUCGAUUUGGAAGUGUGUGUGCGUGCUCGUUUCCUAGGAGCUUUGCAUUCCAAACAGAGGAUAAAGAAAGGUGUGCGGUGAGCUCCAUGAGUUGCACGGUUUCUCAGCUUUACUUAUUUGGUAUUUGUUCGGUAUAAAUGAAGCUGUUUUAGUGCAAUACGAUGACAAGCCUUGCAGCAUCAACCAGGAUAUCGAUCAGCAGAGGCUGCAGAAGGCGAGUGAGGAGGAAGUCGGGUAAGACCGGCCCGAGCCCCCAGCAGUACAGUCUGUAUACGAGAUUCCAGGAUACCGGGGAGUUGUUUAAAGUACCCCACUGUCGCGGCCAGACGCUUAUAGGGGAGCUCAAAGACUCCCUGGAGCUGGUGGCCGGCAUCCCCUCCAAUUUGCAAAGGCUUUCCACCUGGACGAAGGCGACCUGCCGAACAGCUCCACGGUGUGUUUCAAUGACAUCGUCCCGGGAGCGGUGAUUACACUGCGGGUGUGGCACUAUGACGGCUGGAUGAGGCUGGUGAAGGCGGCGGUGGAGGGAGAUGUUGAAAAGCUGAAGGCUGCGGGAGUGACAGCAGCGGACUGUUCGUAUUCCACUCCUAACUCGUUGCGAAUGAACGCGGUGCAGAGAGCUGUGUGGGUCUCUCAGAGGGCGUCCUGCGCUCUGUACAUCAGCGCACACAGAGGACACCACGGAGCAGUGUGCUUCCUCCUGCAGAACGGUGCCGACGUGAGACUCAAGACUCCUCUGGGCCUGACUGCCCUCCACGUUGCAGCAGCCUGGGGCCGCAGCCAGUGCAUCGACGAGCUCCUCAAGCACGGGGCCGAUAUCUUCAGUGAGGACCGGCAGGGGGCGACGGCGAUGGACUAUGCUGCCCGGCAUGGCCAGAAGACCAGCAUACGACAGCUGCACAUGUUCAAGUGGAAGCUGAGAUCAUCCGCAGGAAGAACCAAGAGCCUUCCAGACCCGGAAGAGUACUCUGAGAACCAGAAGAACCAGAAGAGCCCGGAAGAGCGCUCUGAGAACCAGAAGAACCAGAAGAGCCCGGAAGAGCGCUCUGAGAACCAGAAGAGCCCAGAAGAGCCCAGAAGAGCGCUCUGAAAACCAGAAGAACCAGAAGAGCCCGGAAGAGCGCUCUGAGAACCAGAAGAACCAGAAGAGCCCAGAAGAGCGCUCUGAGAACCAGAAGAGCCCAGAAGAGCGCUCUGAGAACCAGAAGAACCAGAAGAGCCCGGAAGAGCGCUCUGAGAACCAGAAGAACCAGAAGAGCCUGUGCACCUUUCCAAAGAAGCGCUUCGGCAUUCUGAAAAGCAUCCCCGCUUGAAACACAAGUCAAUACAACUCACAAAUUACAGGCAAAUCAAUGACAUGCACGUGGCAGGAUCCCGCUACACACAACAGCACCUCUGCUGGGACAGCUGUUGCGUGGUCAUUCUGAGCCAGCUGUUGCGUGGUCAUUCUUAGCCAGCUGUUGCGUGGUCAUUCUGGGGGGGGGGUAUUCAGAGCCGUGUGUAUUAAGCAUGCUUGAGCAUCGAUUCAUGCAUGUCCAGUCUGCAUAUUCAAUGCCAGGCCUGUCUCAGUCUGUGGUGAGCACACAGCGUAGUGACCCAGUGUGGGGGGAGGGCACAGACUGUGUUGUUGAAGACUCACCUGGACUUUUCAUUAACAUGACAGGGCUCUUCUGCAUUAUUUCAAUACAGGGCUGUAGGAUUUAUAAUGCAUGAUGUCUCUGAAUGUCCCCUAAUUGUUUCCAGCCGUGUAUUUUAAUUUCUUUCAUUUUUUUAUAUCUGUAUUCCACUGACUGGUUUAUCUUUUUGCUGUGUUUUUUUUACAGAAAGUAUUAAUAAUACACAUUUUAAACCCCCAGGGAUACAGUAAAUGGGGGAAAAUGGAAGAAAAAACCACUUAUGUCAUUUAUGUCUAAAUAAAUAAAUACCAGCAAUACGCAAUGGCUCCUUCUUUUUAUGUUUCCAUUCUGGCAGUGUGUCGCACU